AGUUGUUCGCUGUUAACUAUAGAUGUAAGUUGUAAUUGAAGGAAAACGUGAUUAAUAUUAAAGAAAAAUGAAUACGGUGAAUUUUUCAUUUUUGGAUUACUUUUUCUUCGGAAUUGUGUUUGUUGUGUCAAUCGUGAUUGGUUUGUACUUUGCACUUAAGACAAAAAAGCAACAAUCAGUGGAUGAAUAUAUUUUUGGUGGAAAAAAUCUUGGGGUUGUGCCCGUUGCAUUUUCCCUUCUGGCAACGUGCAUUACAGGAUCAGCUACCAUAGGGCAGAGCAUGGAAGUUUAUGCUUAUGGAUUACAUAACUUUGUUUAUAUACUUAUGAUACCAGUAUGGGGAUCGUUGACUGCCUUUGUCUUUCUGCCUGUUUUUUACGACCUUCAGCUCAUGUCUAGCUUCACGUAUUUGGAGCUUCGUUUCGAUAGAAGUGUUAAACAUAUCGCGAGUGCGCUCUAUGUGAUUACUGGACUUUUUAUUAUCCCUAUGACUAUCUAUGUUCCUGCUAUAUCUUUACAAGAAGUUUCUGGAAUUAAUCUCUAUGUAAUUUGCAUCGUUUCUGGAGGACUGUGUAUCUGGUACACGGCUAUUGGAGGCUUCAGAGCUGUAGUAUGGACUGACGUCUUUCAGUUUCUUCUACUCUUCUUUUCCGUUCUUGUUAUCUUUAUUGUUGGACUUAAAAGUGUUGGAGGUUUUCAAAAUACCUGGGAUGCACUCGAUCGAGGAGGAAGAUUAGACAUUAUUAGAACUGAUUUUAAUCUGGAGACAAGAGGAACAAUUUGGGCUUACUUUUUCAGUGUUAUCUUUACAAUGCUUUUCAAUAUGUGCCUAACUCAGAGCAGUAUUCAACGCUUCCUAUCACUAUCGUCUUACAGGAAAGCCAAACAAGCUGUACUUAUACAGACUUUCUUCUGCGCUGUAAUCCUCAUAUUACAAUUCGUUAUUGGUGCUGUCAUCUAUGCAACUUAUGAAGACUGUGACCCAAUAAAAGCUGGGAUUGUUAAGAAGAUAGAUCAGCUUUUCCCGUAUUUUGUUCAGGAGAAAGCUUCUCUAUUUCCGGGAUUUAAUGGAAUCUUUAUUGCUGGUACAUUUUCAGCAGGAUUGUCUACAACGUCAACGCUUCUCAACACAAUGAGUGGAACGAUCUAUACGGAUUUUCUUAGCGAUAGGUUUGGGAAUUCUUCAGGAAGAACUGUUGAUCGAAUAAUGAAGAUUAACGUGGCAAUAAUCGGAGUUAUUGGGAUUGCUCUGAUCUUCCUGAUCGAACGUCUUGGGACAAUCUUCGUUAUAACUGUUAUCUGUUUUACUUUCUCUACUGUUGGAGUUUUUGGACUCUUCUGUAAUGGAAUGAUCUUUAAGAAUAUUAACAGCAAGGGAGCCAAAUGCGGUGUGAUCGUUUCAAUGAUAGUUGUUGGGAUCCUGAUUGCAGGAAGUUUGAAUAAGAAGCCUGAUCCUGUUCUUCUUCUUCGAACAGAUGGAUGUGACUUCCUGAAUACAACAAGCCUUAUUAAUCCUUCAUGGAGUAAUUCAACGGAAACAAAACUUAAUCCAAAUAAUGAAGAUCUUCUUUGGAUUUUUCGGAUUAAUUUUCAAUUUUUCUGCAUAAUAGGGUUGAUCAUUAAUUUUGUUGUAGGUAGCAUUGUGAGUUUCUUAACAGGAGGGAACACAGUUGAGGAUCAGAGACUUCUUUUGAAAUUUUUAAGGAAAGAUAUUCCGAAAGAAACUCUGUUAAGUCAAAAGACAAAUGUUUUGCAUUCUGAAUUCUAAAGAAUUUAUUAUCUUACACAAUUCCAUUUUACUUUAUAAAACUUUGCUUAAUAAUUUCAUGAGAAACCGGGACUAUUAAAGUCAGAUAGGAGUUUAGAAAAAAAAGCUCAAAUUAUCUUAUCUUAUAUCUCAAUGAGGUAGAAUUGUCUUUAUAAACGACCCUUUUUGUUUGUAGAAAAUUUUCACGACAAUUACUUUGUCAAAUAAAAUACAAAAAAUAUUUUCAACAAAAAAAAA